AUGCCCAACAACGUCCCUAAUCUCUAUCGUUGGGGAGUCUUUAGAAGACUGGCUACUCGUCUCGAGUCUCUGGACCGUUUUCUGGAAGCUAUGAUUGAGAUCAUGAAGUUUAGUGAUGCGGAAGACCGGCAAAUUCGCCACUACGGCCGUAAGAUCAUCUCUCUUACGGAGGCUCUUCCACUGAUGCCCUUGGUAAUUAAGAUUGCAAACGCCACUAUGAAUUCAAGUAAUAUUGGCGCGACCCUGCUCGUGAUUUGUUCAGAGGAACAAGUGCCGUACAAAGCGGCAUUUUUUAAAAUGCUUGUCUUGAUCAGGCGCCGGAGGUCGGCGUUCCCUGCUUACUUGAACACUCGCAUCAGUGCGCUCUUGGAUUAUUCCAUAGAGCAUAACAUGGUCCUACGGACCAAAGGAAUCGAUCCACGUGUCCAAUUGGGCAUUAAGGAGUUGAUAAUCGUCAGACAACCACGAGCGGGGCUCUUCAAAAAUAGCUGUUUGCGCGCGACUGUCGAACGAAAGGCCGACGCUUUGAAGUUAGAACUAGGAAACAAUCGUCUUGAAGUUGAUAUUCUUCUCGAGCCUUAG